GCAGACAGAGACCCCCCUCCUGAAGGUGAGGGGGGGGGGGGGAAGAUGGCAGCUCUUGCCAGUUCUCUCAUCAGACAAAAACGGGCAGUCAAGGACGACCAGGCCAACCGGCCGAUAGCCAACAAACGCAAGCCAUGCCCCAAGAGCAACAAGUCACUUUGCCAGAAACAAAUUCUGGUUCUCAUAUCAAAAGUUCGAUUAUGUGGUGGCCGAAGAGGAAGAACCGACAAAAGACCGGAAACUCCCUGCCAGCCCACUAAAGUAAGAGAGAAGGUCUGCAGAUCAGAGCCACAGCUAAAAGGCAUCGUCACCCGCCUGUACAGCCAGCACGGCUACUACUUGCAGAUGCUGCCGGAUGGCAUCAUGGACGGCACAAGGGACGAGAACAGCUGCUUCUCACAGUUCAACUUGAUUCCUGUGGGCCUGCGGAUAGUGGCGAUUCAGGGAGCGAAGACUGGCUUCUACCUGGGUAUGAACAGUGAGGGAUACCUCUACACCUCCGAGAACUUCAACCCAGAGUGCAAAUUCAAAGAGAGCGUAUUUGAGAACUACUACGUGACAUACUCCUCUAUGCUGUACCGCCAGAGCCAGUCGGGACGCUUGUGGUACAUCGGCAUCAACCGGGAUGGCCAAGUGAUGAAGGGUAACCGUGUGAAGAAGACCAAAGCGGCAGCACACUUCUUACCAAAAGUCAUCGAAGUGGCCAUGUACAAGGAACCCUCACUGCAUGAGCUUGUAGCGGAGCAGAGUCCUCCUCGCAAAACUGUAAAGACUUCAGACUCACCCUCCCACCAGAACGGGAGGAAAGAGGGCCUCAGAGCCGAUGCUUCAUAG